AUGGCUUGCAGUCCAAGACCAAACAUCACCUACGAAAUCAUCAGACCAGAUCCGGAUCUCAAUCCUCUGAAAUCAAGGCCAAAUCUGUGGCCACGAAUAUCAUCUCCCCCACUAAUGGCAGAAGCUUCUGCUUUACUUCUCGCCAUCCACCAAGCUCUUGAUCUGGGUUUCAAGAGAGUUUCUUUCGCUUCAGAUUCAUUACAGUUGAUCAAAGCGCUUAAUUUUGAGGCUUCUUUCAAGGAGCUUCACGGGAUUCACCACGACAUCCUCUACUUGUCUUUAAAUUUCGAUUGUGUUUCUUUCGAUUUUGUGCCAAGGGACAGGAAUAGGAAAGCUGAUGCGUUAGCUAAAUCGGCUUUACUUUCUUCACCUACUGUACCAGCUUUGAUUUAA